AUGGCUGAAGAAGUAAAGAACGCAUCCAAGGUAGUGCCACGAGCCAUCCAGAUUAGCGUGUUCCUCAACGGCGCACUUGGACUUGCUAUGAUGGUCGCAUACCUCUUCUGCCUGGGGGACCUGAAUGAUGUUUUGGAGAACUCAGUCACUCUUGGAUAUGCUUACCUCUAUGUCUUCUUGAAAGGCACUGGAUCUCCGGGCGGGGCUAUGGCCAUGGCAUUGAUCAUGUGGUUUCUUGGAGUCUGCUGCCUGGUAGGUCUCAUGGCCGCAACCUCGCGGCAGAUGUGGUCCUUCGCAAGAGACAGAGCCGUGCCGUUCUCAGCGCAGGUCACUAAGCUCAAUCCUGCAACUUUGAUCCCGGUCAACACGAUCCUUAUCACAGCUGCCGUUAGCGUGCUCCUGUCGUUCAUCGCGCUCGGCUCCUUCGUCGCUUUCAGCAACAUCGUCAACCUCAGUAUCGGCGGCCUUUACGCUUCAUACUUCAUCGUAUGCGUCCUUCUCCUUUGGCGGCGUCUCAAGGGUAUCAGCCCGUACAACUCGCGUGCCGCAAUGGUCGGACCGGAGACACUGCAAUGGGGUCCAUGGAGAGUUCCCGGUAUGCUGGGCGUGGCCAACAACAUCUUCGCCUGCAUAUACCUGUUUGUGAUGUGGUUCUUCUCGUUCUGGCCAGGUUCCGUUGAGGUCAAUGCACAGUCGAUGAACUUCAGCUCAGUCACGUUUGGAGGAACCGUACUCUUUGCCGUUAUAUGGUAUUUCGUAGGAGGUAGAAAGACAUAUGUCGGGCCCAUCGUCGAGGUAGUGCUGUAG